GUGAAUGUGGCCCAAAAAUCGAGCUCGAAGCAGAGAACCAAGAGAAGUUGUCGAAGAGUACUUGGUCAGAACAAGAAUUUGAAUCAGAAAAGCGUGAACCAGAAUGAGGAAUAGACGUGUGCGUGCGCGCCGUGUUUCCAUCAACUCAUCUUUGUGUAUGUGAGAAAAUGAAAGUAUCAAAAAUAGCUUUGGAGAACAACGCAAAGCUUUACUUUUGCUAAGAAAUGUUGUGAAGGCCUUAAACAAUUUGAAAAGGCAAAUGCUUGUGGUCGAAAUCAAAAAGUGUUAAACGUGUAAUAAAAUGAUGAUUGAAUAAGUGUGUGUAAUGAAAUACGAGUGAAAAUAGAAAAAGCUAAGUAAAACGGAAGAACUUCCAGCAACGCUUUCGGGCAAUAAUUGCAAAACGUUACUUUAAAUUUUUAUUCUCCGAAUGUAGAAUACAUUAAAAAUCCACAGCAACAUCAAACAUAUCCAUCCGUUUGUAUUUCUAAUUAUAUUUAAGUAAACAAAAUUAUUAACAUUAGCUAAAAAAUUGUUAGCAGCAUUAAUGUAUGUAUGUGUGAACACCAGCACUAUCCAGCUUCCGUCUUCACAGCACAUUCAAUUAUAAAAUUUUUGGCAUAUCGCUCAAAGUCAUAAUUUAAUAUCGGCUACGACUUAAAAAUCCCUAGAAGCAUUUCAUAUAGCUAACAUGGAUUGGGUUAUACAUGAUGAACUCGGCAUCACUGUCGGCCACGUGGCCAGUGGAGCCGCAGCAUCGGCUAUGGUAAUCGGCGGUGUUAUACCUUACGUGCCGCAAUAUUUGGAGAUCAAGAAGACACAGGAUGCAGAUGGAUUCUCGCUGCAUGUGUGUCUUGCUUUAUUGAUUGCAAAUUCACUAAGGAUUUUCUUCUGGUUUUCCAAACAAUAUGAGCUUCCGCUUCUCGUUCAAAGCGUUGUGAUGAACAUUACCAUGUUUCUUAUGAUCCAUUUGUGCGUUAAAGUGAAACGAAUGAAUGCGUCAAGUAGGGAGCACACAUUUUCGGCUGAUGAUCUACAUCUACCAAAAGUAACGACCGACACGGAUACUGCUGGUUCAGUUUCCACAGAUGUUGGCACUUUAAAACGUACCCGCUCCAGGCACUAUUUAAACGAUCUCGAUUACAAAUACUUUUGGAAUUGGAGCGAUUUUCAAUCGUAUUUAGACUUUAUGCUCGUGGUUUGGGCAGUCGGAGCAGCUAUCACAUAUCUAAUGUUAUCAGUUAAGUGGUUUAUGGAGUCAGUAGGCUUUUGUGCAGUCUUUACGGAGGCUAUGCUGGGAGCUCCGCAAUUUGUACGAAAUUUCAAGAAUAAAUCAACAUAUGGCAUGAGCAUCCAAAUGGUUAUCAUGUGGACGCUGGGAGAUAUGUUCAAGACUGGUUAUUUUAUUGUUAGAGAAUCUCCAACGCAAUUUUGGAUUUGCGGUACACUUCAGGUGAGCUUAGAUAUUGCAAUCCUAUUACAAGUUUGGUUCUACAGAAAGAACACAAAAGCGCGUGAGACGCGCCGUGGAGAUUAGCAGUUUGCCCCCGAAGAACAACAGCAACAAUCACAAAAUAGUCCACACGAUCUACACAUUCAAACCAACAAUUCGGAUAACAAUCAAUCUCUUGGCAUCACUACUACAAGCAGUGGGGAUGAUCAUUUACUCACUGCUAUUGCCGAUGAUGAACAUUUCAACAGCUAUGGAAAUCCCGAAUAUAAAAAAUAUCACGAUAACAGAGCCUUCCAAUAUCACCAUAAUAACAAUAUACUAAGUAAAGGAAGAGUUGCUUCCAAAAUGUUGCCUGCUGAUGAAGGGGAAGAUUCCACUUUAGAUGCAGUUGUAAUUGUCAAGCGGCCUGAUAGUAUAACCAAACUAACGGCGAAUAGAAUAAAAUUGGAUACACCGAAUGAUAAUGGAUCUGGGUAUGCUAGAGAUGCUGGACGAAGGCAUCGCAGAUGUCGAUGUCAGCAUAAUGAUGCAGUGCGACAGCGACACAACGCCACUCAAACUCGGGACCCUAUUUUAAACUGGAGUCAGACACACAUUUGCCAUAGACGAAGCGCUACAAUGGAUUGCUGUAGCAAAAAAUCAACGAAUAGCUGUUGUAGUCUGAUCAAUGACGAAUUAAAAUCGGGCGAAGUCACCUGUCACUGCCAUAUCACUCACCACUGUCACCAUUAUUCCCCAGGCAGUGGGUGUGGAGGUGGUAUCAGGCACAAGCGACAGUGUGAACAUCGUAGUCGCAGUAGUGGCAUAUCAAACAAGCGCCAGCAUCGGCAUCAACACCAUCAUCAUCAUCACUAUCGCCACUUGCAACCGGAACUCCAUAAACGGAAUAAAAAUAAUAACGUCCGCCAGCUUCCAGGUUAUAACAGUAAGUCUUCCUUCGAUUCCAGUGACGAUCUGCAACAGUCUGGUUUAGAUGCACACAAAGAACGAUUGCAAGAAAUUGCAAUCGAAAUAGAUGCAGCAUCAAUGACUGAAGACAAUACAAGCACUGCCACCUCUAAUUUUCCGUACAAAAUGGCGAUGGGAAGCAUGGUACCUAUUAAAAUGGCGCCACCACACCUGCACGACGAGGAUGGUAAAAAGCAACGGCGGAAACAACGACGCCGACUUUGUGAUUCUAUGAAUUCCAAUAGCACAGCUGAAACUGAAGAACUAUCGCACGAAAAUUUCAGCGAAAAGGAUGAUGGCAGAGCGACAAAUAGUUCAUUAACCGGGCAAAUUAACGCCCACCAUAGAGUAUGGGGCAGCAGAGAUAUUAAUGAUUUUAUUAAUACCAACAUCAAGACUGAAUCUAAAACGGACAGAGGUUUUGAAGACAACAUUACGACGCGCGCAACUUGUUGUGAUGAUUCGCGUUGUUGCGUUCAGAGCGGAGAAGAGCCUAAUCAGAAUGUGGUGCAUAACGAGUGUGUUAAAAUUCGACGAAAAUUGUUCAGAGCUAGUGCUACUAACGACUGUUGCAGCACUUGCUCUCAUUGUUCCAAUUGUUCUUGUCAAAAUGCAGAUGCCACGAGUUGUAGUAGCAUCGAUGACUUAGAUGUUGAUGACAAUGACGAAGAGCAACGAAUGGCUCCACAUGAGCUAGUGGUGGCAGCAGAAUGUCAUCGCUGUACCUUGCACUGUAUAUCCACCACAUCAACGGGUGAAGAGGAGGAAGAGGAUGCAGACACCGACGACAAACUUACCGCAAACACGGCAACACAACUUUCGCACCCUCAACGACAUUUCCAGGACAACAAUACCACGGACAGUUCUGCACAUACUAGCCGAAGAAGCAGUGCAAGCUAUUGUUCCUGCCAUUCGAGCACAUGCUGUUGUUGCGAAUGCAAUUGUGCGGUUGAUGUUGGUGAUGAUGACUGCGACACUGUCACAACUGGCCAAAUGCAUACUGCUAGAGACACUUCCUGCACGGCCUUAACAUCGGCUGCCGACCUCGAUGCGGAGCAUUCGAGUACGCUGACGCCGCUAACAAAUGCCUCGUCAGUUGUGUCAACGCCAGGUGCGGAAGAAGCAGAUGUGACGCUUCGCAGUUUGAACAAUACACUUUCCGAGAAUGUUUGUUCAUCACUUAGCCAAUCAGCAGAAUAUUUUUCACUAUCGUCUGGUAAUGACCAAAGCCAAAUGUGUCCUAUAGACACACCUACACGUAGGCCAUUGAAAGCGCAUUGCGAAAACGUUCCGACUGGAACUACAGCGCAAACCAAUUUGAAUGAAACGGCUGAUGCAGUCGUUGCAAGUAGGAAGCCCUGCAAACACUACAUCAAACAUCAUCGCCAUAAACGCGUGGCAUCUCCAUUGGACUGCUAUUUAUGACGAAGCGUUUCGCUGGUCGCGUGGCCAGCGAUCGAUGUGAACUCGUUACUUCAGCAGACCAUACGAAAGACAGCAAUUUUGCACGAGUCUACGACAGUACGUGAACCACAAACACACGUCAUAGAACCACAGUAUCAAGCGGGUGGCAGACAUGGGAGCAAUGAUAGUUCCACCGCCACGUUAACACCAUCAAUUGCAACAAUAAUCAAAUGUCCAUUAACGAACAGCGCAGCUAAUAGUAACACUUCACAGCAAAUAUCAAUGCAGUCGCUUAAUGCCGUCACGACAGUAACAACCAUUUGUGGCAGCAACGGUGCGUCCGUGGUAACUACCGCCUCAGCACCGUGUAGUGGGCGUGUGAAACGCACUUUGAAAUUUUCGUCUACAUCCGCAGAAGCGUUCAGUUGUGACCCCAUGCUGUUUGCGCAGGAGCGACGCUCCACCGAAAUAAUCUUAUAGCCAUGCUGUAAUAAGAGAAAAUGCAAACUAAGGGCUAGUGCCUAGUGGGCGAUACUUAUCAUGAAUUUAACGGUGUGAUACUCAGUUGACUACAAUUAUGUAGUUCGAUGCGUUUAUUUUGUAGCCUGUACUCCAAAGCUUCUAGUCGCAGUUUGCUAACUUUUUACUUAGGUUGAAAAAUCGAUUAGUUUAGUAUUAUUAGCGCUUGAAUCCGAAUUUUAUGCUUUCAUAUUACAAUAUAUUAUGUUCUAAAUUACUAUAAAAUAGUUUAUGGGCGAGGUAUUUUGAUCUACAGGAAAAAUUCUAAACAUAAAAUUUACUUCCUUAUAACCUUACUUUAUUCUGUUAUUUGAGCUAAAGUUGCCAUACUGCUAUAGUAUAUUUAUUUCGUCUACCUUUUUUUUAAUUAUUAUUGGAGAUUGAUUCAAAACUAUUGCAGAAAAUUGUUGGUUUUCUGAAUAUGUGGAUACAAUUAGAUAGAGAAAAUUGUGAAACUUGGAGAUGCAUUUCGUUGUUUCUCGGGGGUUCAAUUAUAUUAUAUUUUAUUUAAAUAAUGUAGCUGCGUAUAAUGUGAACUAUUUAAGAAUGUUCGAAAAUAGUUAUUUUUUAAUAACAACUAAAUAGUUUAGAUCGAAAUUAAGUGUUAUGCAUUAUAAUAAAAAUUUACAUUGCGUAUUUAAAAUAAAUAGUACAUAAUUUUGUAAUUUUUGUUAAAAUAUUUUGUCUCUUAUGUUAACUGCAUACAAUCGAGGUUAAUAUCCAUGUUAGGUUGGUUUACUGUACGGGGCUAGUUCGUGAUUGCGGUAUGUUUUGCGAAGCACUAAUGCAGUAAUGCAUGCGUAAUGUGACGCUACUUCGCGAUCGGCUGUGUUACAACGCAAAAUCAAAGCGAAAAUAUUUUAAAGCGCUGUGUUGCGCGAUUUAAAGUAUCGAUGUGAAAUUCGGUCAAAUUUGACAGAAGUAUAGUGAUCCAACCCAAAAAUUCGGCAAUUAGUGCGUGCAGUCUUUUAAAACAUCAUCGUAAAAAUUCUAUUUUCGUAAUUGCUUAAUUCUUCUCUGUGUAAUUUUUUAUAGCAAAUCACUACCAAUAUUGAAAUUGUUUUGGAAAAUAUUUAUAAUAUAGAAAGCUCUAUUAUUUUCGUUGUUCUUGUUGUUGUUGCUGUUGUAUCGUCAUAAACAUUCCCCAUACAUGUACGGUGAAUGCUGCUGAAGUGACAGCACUUGACCGUACGUAAAUCCAGGUCGUUCCUGUAACAGAACCAACUACCGUAGGAACGUCCAUAAUAUGCGUUGUUGUUGUCGUAGCAGCAUAAACAUUUCAUAUUCACCUUGGCCUAUCUAUGUAUCUAAAAUAAAUGCCGUACAUCAGAAAGGUCACAGCUUAGCAUUUGCAAUCGAGUGCUGCAAUACUGCCGCCGUAUUUACGUGCCUCGAACGAGCCCUGUUUUUCAUAACCUUUUGGCAUUACCCUCGAUAUGAAAAUAAAUUAUAAGUAUUUUUGUUUAAAACUGAAAAUUUUAUGUUUAACUAGAUUAAAUUUAAUAGAAGACUAAGUUAAUGUAAUUUUAUAAAAAUUAUGAAAUUUGUUUAAACUAAACGAAAAGUACUAAAAUAAAAGAUGCAUAAUUUGCACAUUAAAAUAAGUGUUGACUUUUAAUUUUGCUUAGUUUGUGUUUUUUAGACAAAAAAUUGUAUUUACUUGCAUAUAUUUAGGUAUAUAAUUGUGUUAACUUAGAAAUUAUUUAGAAGACCUGAUUUUUUUCCUAUGAAGAGAAGUUAAAUAGAAUAAAGAAUAGUAAAUGUUUAAAAUAUUCUCUCAUGCAAGCUUUUUUGGUAGAGAAUUUGAAGCAUGCAUUAUAAAACUAUUUUUUUCUAUGCAGAGAAGGUAAAUAAAAUGAAGAGUAUUUAAAAUAAUCUUCCAUGCAAGCUUUGAUGUUAAGUUUUUUGGUGGAGAAUUUAAGCAUGGACUUUCUACAGUUCAAUGAAAGGUUGCCCAAAACAUAUUCCGAUUCUUUCUACUCACCUUAGGUUUUAUUUGCAUAUUUGAAUAGAUGAAGCAGGAAUUUUCGUAGAAUUAUGCAACUUUGGGUUUAAUAUUGCGUUUGUACUUCUUCCGUAACUCGUAAACUUGAGAUUCCUUUUUAUGAAUAGUGAUUUGAACGUCCAAGUCGUUCAUUGAUUGAGAGAAAUAUUACUGUGAAAAAUUUGUGUAGAAAAAGCACUUAAACUAUGCAUUUAAUUAAAUCUUUAACCACCAUUUAUAUAUAAAUAUAUAACAUCAAGUCUCAAUAAUACAAAUCGAAGAAGGUAGAUGUGUGUAGAUUACAACGCUCUGAACUAGCGCGAAUUGUUAAAUAGUAUGUAAAAGUUAGCAAGUUAGCUAAGCAAUGGCUUCCAUUGUCCCGAACUUGAUUCAAAGAAUGUGAAGUGCCACGCGUAUGUGCAAUUUGUAUGUAGAAAAAUUUUCAUGCAAGAUAAUUACUUAGAACUUGAUAAAGGUAGUAUAUUGGCACCUGGAAGUAUGUGCAGAUAAAUAAAUAUGAUAUUUGAGUUUAGAAGCGCGAAACUGUUUUCUCAUAGUCUGAAAUUAAAAAUCAUUAUAUAAUCAACUAAGUGAUUCACUUUUAAACACGAAAUUUUUGAGAUUUUAUAGAAUAUCAUUAACAAGAUGUUAAGGUAGUGUUUUUUCAUGGCAGAAGAGUAAAGUUGAAUAAUAAAUGCAUUUCACUUACGAACAAUUGGUUCAAGUUGAAGAAGUUGCUGAUAAUUUCACUUUAUGUUAAAUUUUGUAGACUGCAGCUAAACCAUAUAAAUUCAAACUUAUUAAAAAUUUGGCAACAAGAAUGUUUAAAAUAAAUUAGAUAUCCUGCAAUGUUAGCAUAUACACGAACGUACAUACAUACAUAUAUACUAUUAAAAAACGCGAAUGUAGGCGUAAAGCAACACAUAAAUAUUUGUAUAUGUAUUAGAAAACCGAGUAUCUAAUUAUAACAGUUUAAAGCAAUACACAGUUAUUAGUUUGGGAUUGUACAUAUAAACUCCUUUUUGAAUAGUAUAUAACAUACAUACAUACAAAUAUAUACUUGAAUGGUAGCAACAACAGUUAUGUAACUUAUGAUACGUAGUAGAAUAGUGGUAUUGAUUAUUGUGAUUAUCCAUAUACUUCAUAAGAAAAUCUUACAUGUGUACAAACACACCUAUCGUGCAUAUGUUUACUAUCUCGGUAUUUAUUGACUACUAUCGUUGUGUGUACAUACAUAUGCAUAUGUUUACAUAUAUAGUAAAUAUGUGAAGACGAGUGCAUGUACUUAUAAUCAGAGUGCAUAGCCCAACUACUUUGUAUACUUAGCUUACAACUCUUAAUACUGUAGGACCAUACAAAUGUUGAUCAUAGUUCUUUUUCAAACUCUCUAUAAUAUACAAGGGUACCAAAAAAUAUCAGGAGCCCUUAAAAAAUUCAUUCGGAAACAAAAAAAAAUUAAAUAAAUAAUUAUGAGAAAUUAUCUGCAUUACUUCUAUUUAAAAAAAUAGUACGAAAUAAACGCAAGUUAAAAGGAUUGGAUCUUGUUAAAUUCGCGCUACUGGAUCGGUAACAGUCGUUUUGUAAAACCGCUCAUUACGCUGAGAUGGAGAGAGUAUAUGGUGCUAUGAAAAUUUUAAAAACCAAGCAAAAGAUUUAAAAUAAAAAUGCUUCACUAGCUGCUUAAUGGGUUAUUUAUA